ACGCAAGCGGCAAGCACUAAAGCACACGGCCAUUGCCCAUCGGAGAAGGGCGAGGAAAGGAAAUCCUAGCAACAACCGCCUUGUUGGUGUUGGCACGAAGGCCAGCCCAGCAGCAAAAGAGGGCAGAAGGGAUGGCGCCCUGCGCAAACCAGCUGCAGCUGCCCACCGCUCCUCUCCACACUCUACGUCGUCAAGCGGGCAGGGGGGUUAUUCCGCUGCGUCGCCGCCCCCGCAGCACCAUCGUCACCGCAAUGGCCUCCGGCGGCCCCAGCCCCGUCGUGCUCGGGUGCGGCGGCAUCUCCGUGGACUACCUGGCCACGGUGGCGUCCUUCCCCAACCCCGACGACAAGAUCCGCAGCCUCGAUCUCAAGGUCCAGGGGGGCGGCAACACGGGCAACGCGCUCACCGCAGCUGCGCGACUCGGCCUCCGUCCCAGGAUCAUUUCCAAGGUAGCCAACGAUGCUCAAGGAAGGAACAUCCUCAGCGAACUGCAAGCUGAUGGCAUCGACACAUCCUACAUUCUGAUCGCAGAGGACGGGAAUUCACCCUUCACCUACAUCAUUGUUGAUCAACAGACGAAAACUCGUACUUGUAUACACACUCCUGGUUCUCCCCCCUUGGUGCCAGAAGAGCUCACAAAGGCAAACUUGUCUUCUGCUUUAGAUGGUGCAGACAUCGUCUACUUUGAUGUACGAUUGCAUGACACUGCUUUGCUUGUUGCAGAAGAGGCAAGUCAAAGAAAAAUCCCUAUUUUGAUUGAUGCUGAAAGAAAGAGGGAGGGUCUGGACGAGCUUCUUAAUUUUGCAUCCUAUGUUGUAUGCUCUGCAAAGUUUCCUCAGGCCUGGACAGGAGCUUCAUCACUACCAGUUGCUUUAGUGUCCAUGCUUUCAAGACUACCUAAAAUCAAAUUUGUUAUUGUAACUCUGGGGGAGAAAGGUUGCUUGAUGCUUGAGAGAAGCAUGACAGAUGCUUCUGAGGCAGGGGAAAUAGAUGCAGAGGCUUUACUGGAAUCACUACAGAAGAAAGUUGACCAGAGUUCUACUAUACCAAAAUGCAUUGCUUCCAAGUCAAACUUGAGAAUAAGCGCAGAUGGAGUAGGCUCAAUAAGUGGCAGGUUACUUCUAGGUACAGCUGAAGUUAUACCACCUGGAGAGCUCAUAGAUACAACUGGCGCAGGAGAUGCAUUCAUUGGAGCAGUUCUGUACGGUUUAUGCACCGGCAUGCCACCAGAGAGGAUGCUGCCUUUUGCAGCACAAGUGGCUGGUUGCGGUUGCAGAGGUUUGGGGGCUCGGAGCAGCCUUCCUCAUCGCACAGACCCACGCCUGGCUGGCUAUUGAUACGAAUGAGGCAGAAUUUCAUACGAAUGAGGCCUGAUUCCAUCCCAUGGCUCUAAAUCUUUCCAAAUCCAAUCCAAUUCAGUAAUAAAAGUAAAACUGAUAAGAAGCACCUGUAACUAGAGCGUAUCAUGAUUAUCAUGGGGACUUGUCAUGCUCAACGCCCCUGAAAACCUGAGGUUUAUUUCUUUUGUUUUCGCAAGGACUGAUAUUUCUGCGAAAAUGAAUGUAACUACAUUGUUCCGGCGGAGGGCGGAGCCCUGAUUUGAUAUGUAAAUCAGAUAUAUCAAUCCCAAGUUGGUUUGGAUCCUUCUA